AUGCGCCUGGAUGAGUCACUCAGCCUCCUGAACUCUGAGCAGGUGGAAGUCCUCCAUCAGGUGCUUUCAGAGGUGGUUCCCAUUCACGGCCGUGGAAACUUUCCCACACUGGAGUUGCGUCCUCGUGACAUCAUCAUAGCAGUGCGAGCCAGGCUGCAGAGGCAGGGUAUUGCUGUAAGAGAUGUUCGCCUGAAUGGCUCCACGGCCAGCCAUGUCCUCGUGCAAGAUAACGGAACAAGCUACAAAGACCUGGACAUCAUCUUUGGAGUAGAUCUGCCAAGUCAGGAAGAGUUCCAGGUGAUUAAAGAGUCGGUGCUGGGCUGCCUGCUGGACUGUUUGCCUGCCGGGGUCAACAAAGAGCGGAUCAGCAGUGCCACAAUGAAGGAGGCCUAUGUUCAGAAAAUGGUCAAAGUCUUCAAUGACCACGACCGCUGGAGCCUUAUCUCUCUGUCAAACAACAGUGGCAAAAACCUGGAGCUCAAAUUUGUGAGUGCACUAAGGCGCCAGUUUGAGUUCAGCGUGGACUCUUUCCAGAUCAUUCUGGAUCGUCUCCUGGAGUCUUAUGAACUGUGUAACUCUCCUCAAGGAUCAGACUCAGUCCCUGAUGUUGAGAUUCUAGCAGAGAGCAUGUACGGCGACUUUGAGGCAGCAAUGGAUCACCUGCGUUAUCGCUUGAUUGCUACCAGAAAUCCUGAAGAGAUCCGAGGCGGUGGCUUGUUAAAGUACAGCAACCUGCUGGUCAGAGACUACCGACCAGCAAGCGAGACACAGAUAAAGACACUAGAGCGUUACAUGUGCUCACGAUUUUUCAUUGAUUUCCCCGAUGUGCAGGAGCAGCAGAGGAAGAUCCUGUCUUACUUGAAGAAUCACUUCAUUGGAGAAGAAAGGAGCAAGUACCAGUACCUGAUGACUCUGCGUCGCGUCAUAGAUGACAGCACAGUGUGUCUGAUGGGUCACGAGAGGCGUCUGACGCUGAACAUGAUCACAGUGUUGGCACUGAAGGUUCUUGGGGAACAGAACAUUAUACCCAACACAGAUCAUGUGACAUGUUUCUACCAGCCUGUCCCCUACCUGGCUGAGCACAAUGCCCCUUAUCUCACUGAACCCAGCUAUUGCAGUUAUUACAUCCCACAAGGAGGGUCAACCCUGCUGUACCAGCCUUACCCUUUACACAUGCACCCACAGACUGGACUAGUCUGAAACCCUCAUGACUGUACACAAAACACAGCUGAGCAAGAUGUUUGUGGAAGAGCCAGAGAAUGGAAAUAUAAUUCAGGGAUGAACUGUUUCAUCUAUAAUAGAUCUGUGAGGUUAAGACUGAGUGGGAUUUACAGUA